AUGGAUAAAUGUUCAGUGAGAGGAUUAGACUUGGCUGAACAGACUCCUGUUUUAUUAAAGAGUAAAGCCAUGGCAGCUAGCCUCAUGGAUGUUGGAAAUUCAUUUGGUGGCCCAACUAGUUCUUUAGUUAAUAGAUCUAGAAACUCAUCAGUGGAAGAUGAUGAUGAUGAUGAUGAUGAUGAUGAUGAUGAUGAUGAUGUUGUAUUUAUUGAAUCUAUACAACCUCCUUCAACUUCUGCUCCAACAGUAACUGAUCAAAGAAAUUUUAUAUUUGCUUCAUCAAGAAAUGAAAGUCUACAAGGAAAUUAUUCCAUAAUUCUUCCUUCCUCAAGAGAUUCAGCUUCUCAGAAGGGAAAUAUAAGUGAGACAAUUAUUAUCGAUGAUGAAGAGGACAUAGAAACAAAUGGACAAGACAAGAAAAAUUCUUCCAAUUAUAUUGAAUGGGGACUUCCUGGAACUAAAAAUAGAACCAAAGAUUUGGAUUUCUCCACUUCCAGUCUUUCAAGAAGUAAGACCAAGACUGCAGUAGGACCUUUUAAUCCUGGUAGAAUGAAUGUGGCAGGAGGUGAAUUUCAGAAUGGAGGAUUUACAACUCAUCAUAGUCCUGAUUCUUGGAUCUCCCAGUCAGCAUCAUUUCCCCGUAAUCAGAAACAGCCAGGGGUGGAUUCUUUAUCACCAGUGGCCUCCCUUCCUAAGCAGAUUUUCCAGUCUUCAGUCCAACAGCAACUUACUAAACCAGCUAAAAUCACUUGUGCACACUGCAAAAAACCUUUACAGAAGGGACAGACAGCUUAUCAACGAAAAGGAUCAGCUCACCUCUGUUGUUCUACCACCUGCCUUUCUUCCUUCUCUCAUAAGCGCACUCCAAAGAAACGCAAUGUAAUAUGUAAAAAAGAUGCACCUACAAAAAAAGCUACUACUGUUCAAGUUGAGUCAAACGAAUCCUCCCAAGAAUUUUGUCGUACAUCUUUGCCUCCCUGUGAAGACAACCAGAAUCUUAGAAAAAGAGUUAAUAAAUCAAGAUGUAUAAUCUGUAGUAAGCUAACAGAGAUUCGUCAUGAAGUCAGCGUUAAUAAUGUAGUACAUAAACUGUGCAGUAACCAGUGCUUUAAUAAGUACAGGUUAGCCAAUGGUCUAAUAAUGAAUUGCUGUGAACAGUGUGGAGAGUACUUGCCUAGUAAAAGUGCUGGAAACCAUGUCCUGAUGAUUGAAGGUCAGCAGACAAGAUUUUGCUGCCAAAGUUGUGUUAAUGAAUAUAAACAGAUGAUGGAAACAAAAUCAAAAAAUUUAUCAGCAUCAGAAAACAGAAAAAGGAAUGCUAUUAGAGAAGAAAAUGAAAGGAAAUUAUAUGGAUCAUUGAAUACUCUUUUAGAAAAAAAAGAGGGAAUACCAGAAAAAAAGGAAAAGACUUCAGAGCUACAGGUGUUGGCAGAAUGUGGGACAGAUGAUACAUCACUGAUCAAACAGGAUGUGAAUUUACCUUCUAUAACCAUAGCUGAUAAAUUUCAAGAGCAACUGGAAGAGAAAAAAUCAGAAGACUCCAUUAUAUCGGUUGUACUUUCUGCAGACCCAGGUACAUGGCCCCGUGUUUUAAAUAUUAAACAACGGGACAUUCUUGUUGAAAACGAUCCACCUCAAGUAAGAAAUUUUAACUUUCCAAAAGACAAUACAGGGAGGAAGUUUUCAGAAACUUAUUAUACACGAAUUCUUCCAAAUGGUGAUAAAACCACUAGAUCCUGGUUACUUUAUUCAACUUCAAAAGAUUCUGUGUUUUGUUUGUAUUGCAAACUCUUUGGGGAAGGAAAAAAUCAAUUGAAGAAUGAGAAUGGGUGCAAAGAUUGGCAGCAUUUAUCACAUAUUCUUAGCAAACACGAGGAAAGUGAAAUGCACAUUAACAAUAGUGUUAAGUAUUCAAAAUUAAAAUCUGAUUUGAAAAAAAAUAAAACUGUGGAAGCUGCAGUACAUGGAUUACAUAAGAAUGAGAAAAAUGAUGGUGUGCUCUUGUUGUACACAUAA